AUGGGAUUCUUAUGUUGUCAUAGUUUAAAAGUUUUAAAUGUCUGGGAUGUGAAGCAAAUUCCGGCUCAAUACAUUAUGAAAAGAUGGACUAGAGAAGCAAGAGAGAUGAUUGUUCAUGACUCAGAUGGAAAAGUUGUUCAAAGUGAUACUAGAGCAGAUGCUACAGCACGGUAUAAGAAUAUAUGUUUCAAAGCAAUCAAAUUAGCUGCUCGAUCAUCAGAUUUUGAAGUAACAUCUAAUUUUGUUGAGCAAGUUAUAGAAGAGGCAUAUAAGAAGGUAGAUUCUUUUUGUAGACACAAUCAAGAUGAUGAUGUUUCAAAUAUUUUGAAUGCAAAAGAAAUCGUUAAUAGCUGUUCAGAUGGAGAUGCGUUAGAAAGAUUACUUGAAAAUGUGAAAGGGUUGAAAAAAAGGAAGGACAAAAAGGCUGAAAUUUUCACUUCAAAUAUUGAAAAUCAAGCUAUUUUGCCACUUCAAUCAUGGAAUCAAGUUACAACACUAAAUAGAGUGAAGUUACAACACCAAAUUUAG